AACGAUAGCUCACUUCAUCAGUAUCAAUAUCAAAUGCAAUCAGCACCAAGUGGUAGUGGUGAUCGAAUAAUGAAAUUCAUGAAUACAUUCGUGGUUUUGGGUGCCAUCACGUUUGCCGGUUAUAAAUUUAUCAGAUCGUUUGUAUUGCCUCGAUUCUUCAACGUACCCGAUCCUGCGAAAGAAGAACAACGACAAGUGCAGCAACAGAUGAAUGAAUUGCAAAACUCAAUGAAAUUCGUAAUUGAUAGUUGUGUGCAAACACUGCAGACGAUAAAUAAACAACAGGAACAGUUGAAUGCACUGUUGAGAAUCAAUUCCAUUGAUGGCGGGCAAGUAAAUUCAACUCGGAGUGAAAUUGAACGUUUACGCAACGAUAUCUCAACUGUUAAAUCACUUUUAUUGAAUCAAAAUCAGUUCGCUGCAAUACCCAACGGUACUCUCCAUCCCACUAGAAAUCACCUCAAUAACACUAGCAAUAAUACUGAUAACAUCAACUUCAAACCCAUAGCGUUACCGUCAUGGCAAAGACCAAAGAAUGCAGAGCAAAAUCAGUGCUCAACACAAAGUCCCAACAGUUUUGGAGCAUCAGGAGAUGAUGUGAAUGCGGUAUCUCGUAAGAAAGAUUCAGCAUCUGAUAUCGAUAGUGACAAGGAGUUCGAACGUUUGAAUGUGAAUGGAUCAUCAGCUUGA